UUGCCAGUUCGUAGUUAAUAGGACUGAAAAGGGAACCAAACUCAGGCCUCAGAUAUCUCUUUGAUCAGUCGCUGAACGGACUCCGGCCUGGUUAGCUUUUCCGUGAUUUGGAAAUUGGUAGAACAUUUCUGGAUGGCAUUACUGUUAAUUAACACACUCUAACAGACGUUUCAGAACGAAAGACAAAGCUGACGAGUUCUAAAUUUUUAAAAUGUUACUGUUGUAGCUCUGCGAAAAUAGAUGAAAACUGUACGAUAUCAACAUUUUCUAAAAACGGAAAAUAGACCUAGCAGCUCAGCCUGAUGAGAUUUAGUUUGAUUUCGUGAAUAUUUGACUGAUAUUUUUGAAGGUUAAGAAAAAGUAUUUCGCAUCCAAUGUUCAAACACUUCAAGCGAGAUUAAUCUAUUUUAAGACGUUAGAGUACGUAGGUUGUGCACUCUUCUUCUGUUUAGUAAGAAAUAGCGAGAUAAAGGUUCUCUCUAACUCGGCUCCACAAUGUUGAAACGAGUGACAAGAACCAUCAUGUUGGUUUGCCUUCAGUUGUUGACUGCCACUUGCAGUACCACAUCAGAACAGUUGUCCGCGCCAUUUGAAAGAAAGAUCUCAACAGAGGAUCUACAGGGUGGGCCAUAUAGCUUACCUUGGAGAAAAUCCCUCGAGCCUCAACUGGUGUUUCGACCCCAGCCACAUAAUCAGGGUUUUCUGAAAACUCAUCAUGGGGUGAUUCUAGGACCCAAACAACAAAACGAUCGACUAGUGUUAUCAGAGGCCAAAGAAGAAGAUUCCAGUGGUCAACCUGAGCGGACGAAGAGAGCGCUCUCAGGAGAACCGACUCCAAGCAUUGAAUAUCAUUUCAGUCCGUUAAUAUCACUAAGGUCUGGUUUCCCCGACGAUGAACAUGAAAAUGAGACACACUGUACCCGUGAAAAAUCGAAAAAUCAUAACGUCCAUCACAGAACAAAGAAAGAUGCGAGUGAUGAAGAUCAGCUGACAUCAGAAACUUCUCAAAGUUCUGCUGAUCAUGCCCUUCAACCCAUAUUUCCCUCUACGUCGUCUGAAAACGAACCUAUUUUGUCACUGAACGGGAAGCAAGGGGAAGCAUUUCUUCUAGAAGUCAGCGAAUCGCCCCUGCAGCCAUCACUUACUCUCGUCACAUCACCUUUCAAGGAACCACCACCACUUCAAGGUCACGUCAGUAUUCCCCAUAAUGAAGUUCCUGACGUCAGCCGGCCAAUCAGAUUUCAGCACCCUAUUCCACCAGUCAUAACUGCAAGUGAACUACCACCAAACAAAUUUCAGGACAGCAUUGUCCCGAACAGACAUCAGGACAACGCUCCGAUAUCUCUUCCGCCUUAUGACCAUGACAAUCACCCCACAACAAAACAGAAUCCAAUCAGUAUUGGAGACCCAGCCUUCCAUGUGGAACCUUCCCCUACAAAAGAAAGUGCAUUUCUGAAACUGGAACCAGUUCAGGCAAUUCCAAAUGAACAUGCAGAGAGCGCUAUCAGUUCAUUGGAUGGCCCAGGUGUAUUGAGAGUUCAUCGACCACCUGAAACUGUAACGCAAAUCGACUCUUUUAUUCAAAAGGAUCCUGAUACUAAUCCCUUUGGGCCUCCUGUCUACAUCCCCUCGGAGGGUGUCAAGCUAGAUCUUGGUUUUCCAAAGCAAACAGAACCAGCAACAUACCCUCUGGAAACAAAAGAUAAACUUCAUGAUCAUUCUGACACUGAUGACCAUAUUUUGCCUCCUCCUCCUCUAAGAAAAGUUUCAACAGGUAUUCUUGAGCCUAAUUCAGGUGAUCUUACAAGCAGGAAGAACCCUGAUAUUUUGAUUCCAUCUACUGACACUCACACCUCUGCCCAUUUCCCCACAGCACUCCCACCCACGGAGGAUGCUAUAAUAGAAGGCCAAGACCAGCCUCAAAUUGACCUUGUCAGUUCAUCCGCUCCGUAUUCGACUCUUUCAGAAGUACCACACUUGAAAAACUUACCCGCACUUCUACGUGGCUCAGAAAUUUCGCCAACUCCAGGCCCAAUUGACCCUCCUCUUCAGAAGGAAAUCCCUUUGCCUCCAUCGAGAGAAAUUCAAAUUGAAGCUUUCCUGACCAACACGAAUUUCCAAGAGCCGUCACCCUAUUUUCAGGCGCCCCAAACUGCCAGUCCACUGAUCACGCCGUAUAAUCCCUACACGACGCUUUUCAUGCCCCAGUUCGGAGGAGGCGUCGGUAUUGGCGGCGGAUCACCUUUCAGUUUGUUUCCGCAAGUGCCUCUUUUUAAUUACCCUUUGAUCGGGGGUAAUUUCUUUAACUAAUUCUAUUGAAUGUAAAUAAGUUUUCCGUUUGUAUGAACAAUGUUACAGCACAAGAGUCAUGAGUUCAGCUUAUCCAGUAAACUGAAUAAUUUUGUACAUGGUGUAAAUUUAACUCUUAUUAUGAAAUGGAGAGCGUUGGUUUGGUACUCCACAUUUUAUUUAUAUGUUCCCUCGUUAUUUUGAUAAACUAUUCUUAAGCCUCUGAAAAACACUUCAGUCUGUAUAGUUAAAGAAAAAAAACACACAAGAAUGAAUACAUUAACUAUCAGCAAGUAAAACCAAGUAAAAAGUUAGUAACGACAAAAGCUUUUUAGUUAUUCACAUUAAAAUACAAAAGUAUUGAGAGAGUAAAACAAAGUAGAUAGAAACAUUAUAAACUUCACAGCAAAAACGAAUGAUAAGGAUAACUGUCAAUGUCACGAUUCUAAUUUCUUAAAAUAACUUUGAUAACUAAGAAAUUCUGAAUAAGGAUUCUUCACUGAAGUAGUGAAAACCGAAUGGUUUUAGAGUCUUCCGCCUGUGAUACAACUUCUACAUGUUCCCGUAUUAGUAAUUGCCUUGGCUUUACCAGCAAGCAACCACUACAAGAAGAAAUGCGUGUUCUUGUCUUCUUUUCCAGGCUGACUUCUUAGACUGCCCAACAUUAGUGGUGCUACAGGAGUCACUCUUAGUAAGCUUAAUCAAAAUUUGCUUUGUCAACAACCUCUAUGUGCCAAAUAAAAAAAGUGUAAAGCAAAAUAAUGCAAUACUUUUACUCU